GAUAAAACAGUUAGAAGCUGUUAGAACUUUAGUUGAAAAAGAGGCAAUUAAAAAUUACUUAUCUCUAGCAAUCACAGCUGCAAUUAAGAAAUAUGCAACAACAACAUUAGAGCUUGGUAAAUCUACCCAUCUUAUUGUUAACUCAAAUUUAAAGGUUAAUGUUGCAGAAUCUGUUUCUUAUUUAAUAGAAAAAGGUUAUGUUGUUAAAAAUUAUUGUGUUCUCCAAAAGUCUACUAAGGCAAUAUCGAAGCCAAGAGCAUUAAAAAAACCUUUUUGGUAUAGCAGCUGGUGA